AUGAAAUCCGAAGAAUUCCUAUUUCAUCAGGAGCUUUUACUCAACUUUCAGAGCAUAUCUGAGCAGCUCGACAUACAACGGGUUGGCGUCGAUGGUGUCAAAAGAUAUGAAUUCGACACGAUUAUUGAUCAGAAAACGAUCCGACGAGGUCGAAGAUCAACGCCCGUUAUCGAGUACUGGGUUCAAAUCUCGACGAAACCCCUACAAACAGUAUCUUGGUCUGUUUCCUGCAAGCAAUUCAAGAAAUCACGCCAGAUCAGGAGUACUGAAUCCCGUUUUUUCCGUACGCGCUGUGUCGGACCUGAUCUAUCGAAACAUCUAGUCUUCCUGAAACUUGCGUUAUGGACGAUGAUUCCAUCCGACAGAAACUGUGUGAUGAAAUUGACCGACUGGAGGAUGGCAACCACGCUCGCCACCCAUCACCUCAUCGUCCGCAAAGCCCGCAUGGUUGUCGACCACUAUAUCCAAUGGGUGAAGAUCUAUGUACAUCAUUGCACUUCUUCGGACAAGCACGGCAACCUAGUAGACGAACUCGUAAUUUCGAUCGAAAGCGCGAUCUACUCAGAAACACCAGCCUCAGGAGCAGGACAGAAAGCCAUUGUCGAUGUCGCUCGACACGCAUGGGACAAAGAACUUGUUCCUCUUUCUUCUAACCCCGUGUCUUGCAAUUUUGGUUCUUCAGUUACCCUUGUUGCUACUCGUCUGCUCGAGUCACUGGACCGUGCGUCCAUUGACUAA